AACCGUUUAAACCAGCUGAUGGUUAUCGGACUUCAGAUUUUCUAUAUAAUUUUCUAAUUUUUUGGUGGAAUUCUCUGAUGUUUAUGAUUAUAUAACCUAAGGUCCUAAACCAACCAAGCACGGACGAGACGAGACGAGACUUGGACGAGAGAAGAAGCAUAAUCUUUGUCAAUUGGGAGGAGCGCGUGGUUUUCUGAUCUCAGGUCCGAUCGGUGAAUUUUGGGCACCUCAUAGAUGUCGCGGAUUUACGGAGUUCCUUUUGUGAUUUACCCUGAAAUCACGUUACCUGAUCCGAAAUCUAUCUCAAUAGACUCGGAGUUAGUUUCGAGCUACCUUGAUUUCAAUAAGUUUUGGAGGAACUCGACAUAUCACCUAGGCGAUGAUGGUGUUCCUAAGACAGAGGUUGAGAGUUUGGACAUGGAGAGGUUUUAUUAUUCAGACACGUUGAAGCCCAAGAAGAAGAGCAAGUCUUCUUUCUAUGAUUACCUUCUUCUUAGACCUGAUAACUUCCCUAAAGAACUUCUCGGUGACACUCCAAGACAACGGCCUGUCAAGAGAGCUAAGUGGAGGCAAGAUCUGCAGAAAUUGGAUGUUUUUGAAGAGCUUGAAGUUCGGUAUCUUAAGACUCAGGGCGAGGAAGAGAAAGAAGAAGAAGAUGAUGAUGAUGAAGAAGAGGAGGAAUCACAAGGUGAAGAUGAAUCUGAUCAUGGAGAUUACGAUCAUAAUCAAGACUUUGAUGACGAUGAAGACGAUUAUAAUCAGUCGGAUGGUAAAUUUGAGGAUGAUAUUUUGGUUUACUAGUUUUACAAAAAAAUUAAGAAACAUGAAACCAUUUUUUAACUGUCGACCAAAAAAGUCUUACAAGUAAAAAUGAUAGUUGAGAGAUUUGACUCGCAAUCAAAACGCCACAAACGAUUACGAGGAAAGAAAAACCAUACGGUGCAAACCAUAACCCUAAUAACUCGCUUCUCAAGCCAUUAAACAUUUACCACAUGUGAGUUUUUAAGUGUUCAAAAGAGCCAACAAAAAAAACUCAAAAAA